AUGAUGUCUAAUCGACCUCAAUAUUAUGGAAUGCCAAAUGGUUUCUCGCAUUCUUCCAAUGGCCAAAAUCAGCAAUAUCAGCAAGAACAGCCACAGCUGCCUCAACAUCCGGUACUACCUGAGUCACAUUCGAAAGUAACGGUAUUGGCUAAUGGACCUCCACUAAUGGCGAUAGGCAGUCAGGCUCCAGCGAGUGCAGCACCAGCGAUGAAUGUUCCAUUCACUAUGACUGCAGGAGUUGGCGUAUCUAUGAAGACAAACCCUUUGCUGUUACAAGGAUCAGUGCCUCCCCAAUUUCAGCAAAACAGUCGUGUUCAAAGUAUGUCGACUGUUAACGGGAAUAGUACCACCUCGUCGCGAAAUUCUUCACCAGCUCUGGGCAGUAAUGGUAUGACUUCAGUGCCUAGCACGUCACAGUUGGCGCCAGCUCAAAUAGGUGUAGGUGGGGCAGCAGAGGGCCCUGUUCCUACCAAUAUCUACAGCAAUAAUAACCUUCCGCCGAUGACAUCUAGUCACAAUCAGCCACCAUCGGGUGCGCCCCAUUCGAUGCAGAGCAGGCAGAGUGCGCCAGGCUAUAAUUUAAGUCCGAACAAUAACUGGUCUAGUGGUAAUAUGUAUUCGGGUGGUGUGAAUUCCAUCGGUACGCCUCCAAAGACUGCAUCAGGAAUGUCAACGCCACUAAACGCUUCCACACCGACACUGACCGGUCCUAUUUUACCUGGCGGACCGCAACUGCAAACACUGCAACAGUUGACGGCAAACGUGCAAGAUUUGAGUUUGCAAUCCGGUAACACCGUUUCACAAAUGCCUGGAACUGUAAGUCAGCAGCAGAGUAAUCAAUUCCAGCAGUCUCAGCAAUCGCUUACGGCUACAACUAAUGGCGGCAACGUGCAAGAUGGUCAGCAAAUAAAUGCAAAUGGUACCACGAACUCGAUGAAUCAAGAUGCAGGUCGCUCCGCUAUUGGACAUAUACCAUUGCCAUCGAAUCAGCAACAACUAGAGCUGCAACAGCAGUCGCAAUUACAACAGCAGUCUCAGUUGCGCCCGCAAUCACAAACGCAUCAUCAACAACAAAUACUACAGCAGCCGCUAUUAGUGCAAUCCCAGUUACAACCUAAAAACCAAUUACAACAGCAGCCUCAACUGCAACCGCAAUCCCAGCUGCAACAUGAACAAAAAUUACAACAGCUGCCUCAACAGCAGCGUACGGUUAUGCAGGAAACGGAUAUCAAACCGACUGGACCAGGUACUACGCAAGGCAUUUCUCAUUCAGUAGAUAAUUCUGUCCAACGUCCUUUGGGAAUGGUGGGAGCACCUCCGCCUGUAAUGUCCAGCGGAAGUACAUCAGGUGUAUCAAGCAUGUCUGAUACGCAUAUGAAUAGAAGGCCGAUGUAUCCUACGGCAGUACAACCAGCACCUCAACCUCAGCAAUUGAUUACGCCUAUGAGUAAUGGCAUUAACGUGCAGGGGGGACAACAAACAAACGCGAAUCGUACUACGAACCCGAUGAAUCCAGAUCAAGCUCGCUCUAUUUAUGGACAUAUGCCCAUACCAUUGAAUCAGCAACAGCAACCACAGUUACAGCAAUUGCAACAACAAUCUCUCGUGCAGCAUCAACAACAAUUACAACAGACUCAGUUUCAGCGUACAAUGCCUUCGGGUACUGUACCGAAUGGACCUGGAACUAAUACGUAUGGCAUUUCUCCACCGAUGGGUAAUACUGCUCAGCGUCCUUUGGGAAUGGUGGGAGCAACACCGCCUGCAAUGUCCCUCGGAAGCACACCAGGUGUAUCAUGCAUAACCGAUAUGCCUGUGAAUAAAAGGCCUAUGUAUCCUUCGGUAGCACAAUCAAGACCUCGAUUACCGAAUGAAAACCUGCAACUUCAGCAGCAACAUCAAGCAUCAUCACACAGCAACACACAACAACAGCACUAUCAGCAACAUAAUCAUAUGCCACACGAGCAACAGCAACAGCAACAGCAACCUGUAUAUGGAACAGGUGAAUAUUCGGCUGAUCCGAGUAGAAAUGUUGUAAAUGCUGGGUUCUCUCGUAUGUGGGGCAACAAUACAGUUGAUUUGCUGCAGAACAGACAUGUGCUACCCACGGAUCAAGUUCGUCCUCCAACGAUACAUUUAGUGAAUCCUUUUCACGAAUCGGUAAAUUGCCAUCCGGACAUAUUUCGUUGCACUUUAACCAAGAUACCAGAGUCGUCGUCGCUACUGCAGAAAUCUCGUUUACCUUUAGGAGUAUUAAUUCACCCGUUUCGAGAUUUAAAUAAUUUACCUGUUAUAUCCUGCAACACAAUAGUUCGUUGUCGUUCUUGUCGAACAUACAUCAACCCGUUUGUAUUCUUCGCAGACAGUAAAAAAUGGAAAUGCAACCUAUGCUAUCGAGUAAAUGAACUGCCUGAAGAGUUCCAAUAUGAUCCGGUUACAAAGACCUUUGGCGAUCCGCUGAGACGACCCGAAAUCAAAUCCAGCACGAUAGAGUUUAUUGCUCCUUCAGAAUACAUGCUACGUCCGCCGCAACCAGCUAUCUAUCUAUUCCUGUUCGACGUAUCGUCUCUAGCUCAACAAUCUGGAUAUCUGCACGCGGUUUGCAGUACACUAAUGGAUCAUUUAGAUUCUCUUCCUGGAGACGCCCGAACGCAAGUGGGCUUCAUUGCGUUUAAUAGUGCGAUUCAUUUCUAUAAUAUUUCAGAAGAAUACAACCAACCUCAUGAGGUUACGGUGCUGGAUGUAGAGGAUGUGUUUCUUCCAUACCCAGACAACCUGUUGGUGAAUUUGAAGGCAUGCAAAGAAUUGAUUAAGGAUCUGCUGAAACAGUUGCCUAAACGGUUUGAACACACGCAUGAUACUCACAGCGCCCUAGGGGCUGCAUUGCAAGUUGCAUUCAAAUUAAUGAGUGCCUCCGGUGGACGUGUAACGGUGUUUCAGACAUGCUUACCAAAUCAUGGGCCAGGAGCAUUACAGUCUAGAGAGGAUCCAAACAAUCGUUCGUCUAAGGAAGUGGCUCAUCUUGGACCGGCAAUAGAUUUUUAUAAACGACUUGCUUUAGAUUGUUCUGGUCAACAAAUUGCCGUGGAUUUAUUCUUAUUGAAUAGUCAAUACUGUGAUUUAGCUACAAUUUCUGGCAUUAGUAAAUUCAGUGGUGGUUGCAUGUAUCACAUCCCGCUGUAUAGUGAGUCUAAACCACACCUUGUGAAAACUCUCCGCAACUCCUUCGAACGCUAUCUCACGCGAAAGAUUGGUUUCGAGGCGGUGAUGCGGGUACGAUGCACUCGGGGGCUAGCCAUCCAUACAUUCCACGGAAAUUUCUUCGUCCGUUCGACCGAUUUGUUGUCGCUACCAAACAUCAAUCCUGAUGCAGGUUUCGGGAUGCAGAUAACGUACGAGGAAAAUUUAGCCGAGUGCAAAACAGUGUGCUUCCAGGCAGCUCUGCUUUACACUAGUAGCAAGGCGGAGAGGCGUAUCCGGGUGCAUACGCUGUGUAUUCCGGUGUCGGCAAGUUUGACGGAAAUCAUGUACUCAGCUGAUGCGCAGUGCAUAGUUGGGUUACUUUCAAAGAUGGCCGUCGAUCGUUCGCUGGGGUCAAGUCUUUCAGACGCUCGAGAUGCCUUCAUUAAUGCGAUAGUUGACAUAUUUAGUGCGUUUAAGAUUGCUCAGAAUCUACCGCAAAAUUCUCGUACGAUAGUGGUCCCGGAAAAUUUGCGGCUGCUGCCCUUGUAUAUUUUGGCCUUGUUGAAACAUCCCGCGUUCCGGACCGGGACUAGCACCCGCUUAGACGAUCGCGUUUAUGCAAUGUGUGAAAUGAAAUCCCUGCCGCUAGAUCAACUCAUGCGAUACAUUUAUCCCGAUUUCUACGUAUUGGACUGCUUAUUCGUUUCCGGUACCAGCGGUUACGUUGAUGACGAACACAAGCUGCAACCUCCGCGAUUACAGCUGUCUGCAGAAAAGUUGGAUUCUCGCUCCAUGUUUUUACUCGACUGUGGCGCAAUCGUGUACAUUUAUAUAGGUUCGAACGUGUCGUCUAGUGUCGUUUAUGAUAUUCUAGGUUAUAAUUCGGUGGUGGAAAUUCCUGAUUUUUGCAUCGCAUUACCUAGUCGCGGAACGGAAGCCAGUGAAACACUGUGGAAUUUCCUAGAAUCAAUAAAUGAAGAUAAACCAUACACAUCAUAUGUGCAAGUGAUACGCGAUACGAGCCAAUUCAGAUACCUACUGGUGGAAAAGUUCGUGGACGAUCGCAAUUCAAAUGCGUUGUCGUACUAUGAAUUUUUGCAGCAUUUGAGCACACAGAUAAAGUAAAUGGCGCUUUAAGCGUGCAUACCGUUGGGCAAGCAAGCAACCUAAGAUGGUCAAAUAUGGGGUUGUUUUAACACAAGAACUUGAAGGUAAACAUUAAAUGCUAGUAAAUAUUAUCUUAAUGUGAAUAGUGUAUCCUGUCAAACGUACUCCAAACAUCGGGCAAAAUAAACACGAACACAUCCUACGCAUCCUGGAGAGCAGUUAUCGAAAUAAAUUUCGAACGAUUUUAAAAUACUACAAUGAAAGUGUUGGAACAAUAACAUCAAUACUGAACGAGCUAGAUAGUUUGUUUAGCGAUUUAAGGACAUGGCAGGGAUGUAGGUUGAUGAACGAAACUUGUGCGAAUGCAUGAUCCCUAGCUGUGUAACUUUGAAAUAUUAUGAAAAUAUUUGCGAGCCACAAAUGAAGCGAAUAUUGUUUAUAAGAAAGAAACAUGUCGCUUCUAUGGUAAUUAUUGCAGGUAGUGUGACAGGUGGAGUGAGGCAGCGUUGAUAAACUAGUUUUAAUAUAGGAAAAAAAAUAAAUAAAUCAAUAUUUAACACAAUGGCAUAUUUCAAUGAACCAAAAAACUUUGUUAUAUGCAAAUCAUUUUGAGCAAGUCGUAGCGAACAAUACAAUCCAAAACGAAAAGUCAUACGAAGGUGGACAACGUAGUAUCAACAUUUUUUUUGCGAAUAGUUAAAUAAAAUGAUUACCGAAUAAUAGUAAAUGAUGUUCGAAUUGGGACCGCAUUCGUUUUGGAAAAGGAAACGAUAAUUGACCAGCAGCGAAUAAUGAAACUAGAAAACGUAGCAUACAUCAGAAGCAUUACAUCGUGAAUAAUAGCCUGGUGUACGUAAAUUCUGUUGCACGAUAGAAUUACAAUGCAAUUCCAGUUACAGUUGCAGUUGUAAUGAAUUACAGGCAAUAAAAUGCAAAAUUUAAAGCUUUCAUUUGUUAUUUAUGCAUUGCAUCGAUGAAAAGUUAACAAACUUCGCAGCAAAAAAUACGGAUGCAACUACGAUUUCUAAGGUAGUUACGAAUUUGCAUUGGCAGUUAUGAGUAUUCCUUCGGAUAGUGCAACAUACUUAUGUAUUUAUGUGGUUUUUUUUUCUUGGGUUGGUUAUGUUAAUGCACAUUAUAGCAUGCGUUUGCGUUUCGCCCGAUAUUACUGCAAUGGGCAUAUGAAUCGAGUGUCACAGCUUUGUUCGCGUUGGCAGGUAAAGGCAGGUAUACAGGAAAUAGUUACUACUUUGCGUUGGUUAUUUGUGCGUUAUUGUUGUAAAAUUUAUGUUGCCGUUGGGUUUGCCCGUCCAGUUGAAUAGAUUACUCGCGCUGUCGAACGCGCGAGCCAGAUAAUACACAUUCAGAAUGCAUGUCGAUAGAAAUUCUCAUUCGGUGACUAAGAUACAGGUGGCAAGGUUCAACUAAGUCUACCGACAAGGGAUUCAUAACAAGGGAUAAAUGAAGUAUUUGGUGUAAUGUAUAUCUAUCAUGUAAAGCUUAUAAAUUUGAGAUAAAUUAUCA